UUCGGAUAUCCUCGGACUUGUACGUAGGCAUAAGUAAACACUGCAUUUCUUAUUUUGGCUAGACGUGUCAUAUUUUCCUUGAAAAUAUCACUAAAUAUGACAGACAAGAACUUGACAGCUAUUCUGUAUAAACAAGGAGAUAUUCGUUUAGAAGAAAAAGAAAUACCAGAACCAGGACCAGGGCAGGUACAGUUAUGUAUGCAAGAUGUGGGGAUCUGUGGCUCUGACGUGCACUAUUGGCAACAUGGUGCUAUUGGUGAUUUCAUUGUUAAAGCUCCAAUGGUACUUGGACAUGAGGCUGCAGGUGUGGUCAGUAAACUUGGAGAAGGGGUCACUUCUUUGAAAGUUGGUGACAGAGUAGCUAUAGAGCCGGGGGUGCCAUGUAGGUGUUGCUCAUACUGCAAGAAAGGUCGUUACAACCUCUGUCUUGACAUGAAGUUCUGUGCCACACCCCCAAUAGAUGGAAAUCUGGCCAGAUAUUACGUGCAUGAUGCAGAUUUCUGUUUCAAAUUACCUGACCAUGUGAGCACAGAGGAAGGAGCCCUGUUAGAGCCACUGUCUGUUGGUGUUCACGCAUGUAACCGUGGAGGGAUAACACUGGGUAGUAAAGUUCUCAUUUGUGGUGCAGGUCCUAUAGGGUUGGUGAACUUACUGACAGCUAAGGCAUGUGGGGCUGCACAAGUCUGUAUUACAGAUUUGGAUGAAAAGAGACUGGAAAUGGCAAAAGCUAUGGGAGCUGACUUUCCACUGAAAGUAACAUCAAAAGAUCCUAAGGAAAUGGCUGGUAAAAUUGAGGAAUGUUUUGGUGAGAAACCAGAAGUUACUAUUGAAUGUAGUGGAGCACCACCAAGUGUUAAAACUGCUAUAUUUGCAACACGUUCAGGAGGGUGUGUUGUUUUAGUUGGAAUGGGACCAGCAGAAGUUUCAUUGCCGAUCAUUGAUGCUGCUGUCAGGGAAGUAGAUAUUCGAGGCAUAUUCAGAUACGUAAACUGUUACCCGACAGCUCUCAACAUGAUCGCGUCAGGACGAGUUAAUGUGAAACCACUGAUUACACACAGAUUUAAUCUUGAACAGACAAUGGAUGCAUUCAACACUACACUGAGAGGUGAAGGUAUCAAAGUAAUGAUAAAGUGUGGAAGGCAGUAACCAGUGUUAUCACAUUAAUAGAGAGGUGCCAGUGAGGAAUUUGUCAGGAUCGGAUUUUGUCUGUAUCCCAUACUGAGUACAGAAGCUGUCGAGAUCAUGACUAAGUGUGCAAGCAGUCACUUUCUUAGUCUUCUAUAAGAGGACUGUUAAAUUUGGUAUUCUGUUGAAAUAAAUGAAUAAGUUCUAUUAAUUGGGCAGGCUCUGUUUAAGGGUUGAGAUGUUAGUUUGUAUUUUGUAUAUGUACUGUUACAUGUGGUGUAUUAUUGGAACAUUUAUAAUCCAGAAUUACACAUUCAUGCUUUUUAAUUUACUGUUUGAUUUUAUUUGAUUUUUACUUCAGGCAUUGGUGGCCAAUCAUUGAUACUAAUGAGGAAUAGGUUAAUUUUUGUAUUCAAGAUUAUGACUAGAUUGUUUUAGAUUUUCUUAAGUGACAAUUUUAUACUGAAUGUAAACUUCAUUGUAGCUCAGUUUGUAUUAGAGUUAUUUCCCAUUAACUUUUUAUGACAUUCAGAUACCUUCUUUUGGUUGUGUUUGUUUUUUUUUCAAUUUUUUUUUUUUUAUGACAAAUGUUUUCUGAAUAAUUCAUGAUGAACUAUUGACUUUUUUCUAAGCUAACUGAGGAGAAUGCAGUUAUUAGAUAGCAUAUUUUGCAUUUUUACUGUAAUGAUUACUAAUUUUUUCCAAAAUUUAAUUUGUCAUUUUGAUUGUACUUUACAUGAUAAUGUAUACAUGCAUGUUAAUAACAGUGCCAUUGUUGUGGAUAAAGGGUUAUCAUGAUCAUUUUAAUGAAAGAAAAAUAUUUACUUCUUUA